CUCAUAGGUUACUCACGCCUUGUCCCUCUGCUUUACACGGUUCACAGAAUUACGUAUUUAUGAAUGUAGUUUUUUAAAAAUCCAACUGUCGAUUGAAAGACAGUGACUUAAGUUACUGGUAUUGGUAGCUUACAGAGAAGUGACAUGGCAGCUUCGGAACUUUACUCAAAGGGUGCGCGUGUGUGGAUCCCUGACCAGGUGGAGGUGUGGCGUCCAGCGGACCUGCUGAGGGCCUACACACCUGGAGACACGUCGCUACUGCUGCAGCUGGAUGAUGGCACCGAGUUGGAGCACAAGCUUGUGAAGGCCCCCCCCCUGCCCCUGCUGCCCCCCCUGCGUAACCCCGAUAUCCUGGUGGGGGAGAACGACCUGACGGCACUCAGCUACCUGCACGAGCCUGCCGUGCUCCACAACCUGAGAGUGCGCUUUAGCGACUCACGACUCAUCUACACCUACUGCGGCAUUGUGUUGGUAGCCAUCAAUCCAUACGAGUCUCUGCCCAUCUAUGGCUGUGACAUCAUUAACGCGUACAGUGGUCAGAACAUGGGGGACAUGGACCCCCACAUCUUUGCGGUGGCUGAAGAGGCCUUCAAGCAGAUGGCCAGAGAUGAGAAGAACCAGUCCAUCAUAGUGAGUGGGGAAUCUGGGGCAGGGAAGACGGUCUCGGCCAAAUACGCCAUGAGGUACUUCGCCACAGUCAGCGGGGCGUCAGGCGAGGCCAAUAUCGAGGAGCGUGUGCUGGCGUCCAGUCCCAUCAUGGAGGCCAUUGGGAAUGCCAAAACCACCCGCAAUGACAACAGCAGCCGCUUUGGGAAGUACAUUGAGAUUGGGUUUGACAGGAAGUACCAGAUGAUGGGGGCCAACAUGAGGACGUACCUGCUGGAGAAGUCCAGAGUCGUGUUCCAGGCCAGUGAGGAGCGGAACUAUCAUAUAUUUUAUCAGCUGUGCGCUUGCUCUCACACUCCUGAAUUUAAGGACCUGAAAUUAGGCCGGGCAGAUGACUUCCAUUUCACCAACCAGGGGAAGAGCCUCGUAAUAGAGGCAGUGGACGACGGGAAAGAGAUGACUGCCACCAGGAGGGCUUUGACCAUGUUGGGCAUCGAUGAGACCCAGCAGAUGGGUCUGUUCAGGAUCCUGGCCGGAGUUCUUCAUCUGGGGAACGUGGAGAUCAGGCCGCGGGGGGCUGACAGCAGCACUGUGUGUCCAGACAGCCCUUCCCUGCUGACGUUCUGUGAGCUGAUGGGCGUGCCCGUGAAGGAGAUGUCUCAUUGGCUGUGCCACAGGAAGCUGAAGACGGCGUCGGAGACGUACACCAAAGCCAUGUCCGGAGUGCAGGCGCAGAGUGGGCGCGAUGCCCUGGCCAAGCACGUGUACGCCCGCCUCUUCAGCUGGACCGUGCUCCGCAUCAACGCAGCGCUGCACAACGCUGGCAACAGACACGCCUUCAUCGGGGUUCUAGACAUCUAUGGGUUUGAGACGUUUGAGGUCAACAGCUUUGAACAGUUCUGCAUCAAUUAUGCCAAUGAGAAGCUCCAACAGCAGUUUAACUUGCAUGUGUUUAAGCUGGAGCAGGAGGAGUACAUGAAGGAGGACAUCCCAUGGACACUGAUUGAUUUCCAUGACAACCAGCCCUGUAUCAGCCUGAUCGAAGCCAAGAUGGGCAUUCUGGACCUGCUGGAUGAAGAAUGCAGAAUGCCUAAAGGUUCUGACGGGUCGUGGGCCCAGAAGCUGUACAGCUCCCACGAGAAGAGCAGCGCUCACUUCCAGAAGCCGCGCAUGUCCAACUCCGCCUUCAUCGUCCUGCACUUCGCCGACAAGGUGGAGUACGAGUGUGAGGGGUUUCUGGAGAAGAAUAAAGACACAGUGAAUGAGGAGCAGAUCAGUGUCCUGAGGUCCAGUAAGUUUGAGCUGCUGCUGGAGCUGGUGGAGGAGGAGGAGUGUGUGUCUGCAGCUGGAGGAGGACCUGCUCACACUCGCCUGAAGACGUCACGCAGCAGCACACGACUCACACACACUCGCAAGAGCGUCAGCCUGCAGUUCCGCAACUCUCUGCACCAGCUCAUGGACACUCUGAACGCCACCGCGGCCCACUAUGUGCGCUGCAUCAAGCCCAACGACCACAAGGCCCCCUUCACACUGGACCCAGUGCGUGCAGUGCAGCAGCUCAGAGCGUGUGGAGUUCUGGAGACUAUUCGCAUCUCAGCGGCCGGAUUCCCCACCAGGUGGACGUACCAGGAGUUCUUCACGCGGUACCGGGUCCUCAUGAAGCAGGCCAACGUGCUGCCUGAUCGCAAAGCCACCUGCAAGAAGUUCCUGCCGCAGCUGGUGGAGGAUGAGGACAAAUAUCAGUUUGGGAAGUCCAAGAUCUUCUUCCGGGCGGGGCAGGUGGCCUACCUGGAGAAGCUGCGCUCUGAUAGGCUGCGGGAGGCGUGCGUGCGGAUCCAGAAGACGAUUCGCUGCUGGCUGCAACGCAAGAAGUUCCUGCGCAUGCGCACGGCGGCCAUCACCAUCCAGAGAUACGUCAGAGGCCACCAGGCUCGCCGGUUGGCACUGUCCCUGCGUCGUGCCCGGGCGGCGCUGGUGAUCCAGAAGUACGAGCGCAUGUGGGCAGCACGGAGGAGGUUCCAGCGCCAGCGCUCAGUUGCCCUCCUGCUGCAGCGCCACUACAGAGGCUACGCCGCCCGCAAGGAGCACCAGAGGGUGCUGUACGAGCGUAAGGUGUGUGUGCUGCAGCGCUGGGUGAAGGGCUGGCGGGCGCGGGUGCGGUACCGGCGGGUGCGGGCGGCACUGGUGUUGCUGCAGAGCUGUGUGCGGCGCUGGUUGGCACGGCGACAGCUCAAGAGGCUGCGGGUGGAGGCACGCUCCGUGGAACACUUCAGGAAGCUCAACGUGGGCAUGGAGAACAAGAUCAUGCAGCUGCAGCGACGCCUCGACCAGCAGCACAAGGAGAGCCGUGUGCUCGGGGAGAAGCUGCACGCAGUCGAGGUCAGCCACGCCUCCGAGCGGGAGCGUCUGAUUGGCCAGCUGGAGCGGCUGAAGGGGAUGGAGGAGAACAGCAGGAUCCAAUCGGAUCGUGUGAGCGGUCUGGAGGCGGAGCUAGAGGUCAGCAGGCAGCAGCUGCAGCGCAGCCGCCAGGAGAGACUGCACGACCAGCAGGGGGCGCUACUGGACAAGGACGCCUUGGGGCAGCAAGUGGCUGAGCUUAAGGAGCGGAACGUUGUGCUGAAGAGUGAGAAGGAGGAGCUCAACAGACGCAUCGCUGAACUGGAGAGGAAGGCAGUGGAGCGGGAGAAGGCUCAUGAGGGGAACAUGCAGCAGCUGGAGUCGGAGCUGAACGAGGAGCGCUGUCGCUACCAGAACCUUCUCUCAGAACACCACAAGCUAGAGGAGCGGCACUGCAGCCUGAGGGAGCAGCAGAGUGCAGGUGCAGUAGCUCUGCAGAGGAAGGACUCCAGCAUCUCCAGCAUCUCCAGCACGGCUGCGUCUGACACCCUCAGCUCUGGCUACGGGGAGGGGGAGGAGGACCGGAGCACCGGGGAGGAGAGCUCCACGGGUCGUGGCAUGUCUCUGCUGCUCAUGCUGCAGAAGAAGGUGACGGAGCUGGAGAGAGACAAACACAACCUGCAGAAUGAGCUGGACUCCAGAGACGACCAGCUACUCACCAACAGAGCCAAGGAGGAAGAGGAGUUUAAGAGGACUCUGCUGUCAGAGCUGGACCAGGAGGCGCUGAAGCGUCAGGAGCUGGAGUCUGCGAACAGGAAGCUGAAGCGGGAGCUGAGCGAGCUGCGGGAGGCUCUGGGCCAAUCAGAGGACUCGAGCACGGCGGCCCCAGGAUCGCCAGCCUAUAAGGUGCUGCUGGAGCAGCUCAGCACAGCCAAUGAGGAGCUGGACCUGCGCAAGGAGGAGGUGCUGAUGCUCCGCUCCCAGCUGGUGGGUCUGGACACCCAAAAGAAUAAGGAAUCUGAUGAUUCUGCCAACAGCAGCAGGUCCCUGACCUUUGACAUCCACGAGCUGAAUGAGGACGGGGAGUUAUGGAUGGCCAACGAGGGGCUCAAGGAGACCAACAGGUUGCUGUUGUCCCAGCUGCAGGCCAUGACUGAGGAGGUGUGUAGUGUGCGCUCUGCCCUGGAGAGGGCGCUGCAGGAGCGUGACCAGCAGGGGGAGCUGCUGAGCCAAAGCCUGACCCUCCCCCACCACGCCCGCAUCCCCGCCAGCCUGCAGCACGAGAUCAGCAGACUCACCAAACACAACCUGCAUCCCCGCCAGCCUGCAGCACGAGAUCAGCAGACUCACCACACACAACCUGGAGCUGGCGGAGCAGAGAGGCAGGACAAGGCGCUCCGCAAGAUGAAGAAGCAGCUGAAGGCCCACAUGAGGAGAGCUGCAGAUGGAGACCUACCGUUGGAGCUGGGCUCUGUGGACAGUCAGCCCAAAGCCACUCUGGCCCGUAAGGAGCGCGACUGCAGGGGGAUGCUGGUCUGCAAGAGGGAGGACGAGAGCAAGCUACUGAAGAUCCUCAUCACAGACCUGCGUCCACGGGGUGUAGCGGUCAGCAUGACCCCCAGCCUGCCCGCCUACAUCCUGUUCAUGUGCCUCCGCCACGCCGACUUCACCAACGACGACCAGCGCGCAACCAAGCUGCUCAACUCCACCAUCAACAGCAUCAAGGGAGUCAUGAAGAGGAAAGGAAACGACUUUGAGAUGGUGUCGUUCUGGCUGGCCAACACGUGCUGCUUCCUGCACUGUCUGGAGCAGUAUAGUGGAGAGGAGAUCUACACCAAGCUCAACACCCCUCAGCAGAACGAGCACUGCCUGGUGAACUUUGACCUGGCUGACUACCGCCAAGUGCUGUGUGACCUCGCCAUUCAGAUCUACCAGCAGCUCACCAAGUGUGUGGAGGAUACCCUGCAGCCUCUCAUCGUGUGUGGGAUGCUGGAGCAGGACUCUAUCCCCGGGGUGCUGGGGGUGAAGGCGACGGGGGUGCGUAAGCGCACGUGCAGCGUGACGGAGGAGAGCGGGGGGGCGGCUCUGGACUCCAUCCUGCGCGCGCUGAGCGGCUUCCACGCGUUGCUACGGCAACACGGCGCUCCGCCCCACCUCAUCCGCCUCGCCGUCAAGCAGCAGUUCUACAACGUCUGCGCCGCCACCCUCAACAGCCUGCUGCUGCGCAAGGACAUGUGCUCCUGGAGCAAGGGCCUGCAGAUCAGGUAUAACGUGUGCCAGCUAGAGGACUGGCUGCAGGACAAGGCUCUGUUGACCAGUGGGGCCAGAGAGAUGCUGGAGCCGCUCAUCCAGGCCGCGCAGCUGCUGCAAGUCAAGAAGAAAUCACAGCAGGACGCCCAGGCCAUCGCCUCCAUGUGUACCGCACUCACCGCCGUACAGAUCGUGAAGAUCCUGAACUUGUACACUCCAGUGAACGAGUUUGAGGAGAGAGUCGCCCCGACAUUUAUUAAGACCAUUGAGGCGUGUCUGCAGGGCCGUAAGGAGUCAUCUCAGCUCCUCAUGGAGACCAAGAACAUCUUCCCCGUCACCUUCCCCUUCCAUCACUCCUCCGUCGCCCUGGAAACCAUUCUCAUUCCCAACAGCCUCAACCUGGGCUUCCUCACACGAGUGUGAACACACACACACACACACACACACACACACCAGACCUGUGAGCCAUAUCAGGUAUAUGUUCAGUUAGUUUGGCUGCAUGGUAUGCAGAUGAUGUGACUCCUGUGUCAUCCAGGCGUUGACAAACAGGGUGACAUACCCAGGUGUGUGUGUGUGUGUGUGUGUGUGUGUGUGUGUGUGUGUGUGUGUGUGUGUGUGUGUGUGUGAGUGUGUGUGUGUGUGUGUGUGUGUGUGUGUGUGUGUGUGUAUUACAGCUGUGCACACAUGUGUGGAACUGAAAGGGAUCCUACAGGACAGCAGUGGCCUCUUCCUCCCUUUCUAUAUCUGGUGCCCUGACCACAUGCUCUUAACUGUGUGUGUGUGUGUGU